UUAGAGCUCUCAGAGGGGUAUUGCAGAGGGGGCAGCCCACCUGCACCCCAAAACUUCUAAUUCUUUAUCCUGAGCAACUUGAUGCACACACACACACACACACACACACACAAACACACCCACCACAUGUUUCUCUGGAUCGAGAGAUAAGUUGUUGAUACUCUCCAAAUGUGCACCACGUCUAUGUUCAAGGGACACUUGCAGAAGACUUACAGCAACAACUGAAGAACUUAAUUAUUAAAGGAAGAUGACAGAACCCAGCUCCAAAAAACAAGGAUUUAAAAAAUGCCGGAGUGCCACAUUCAGCAUCGACGGAUUCAGCUUCACGAUUGUGGCAAAUGAAACAGGAGAAAGUCCUCCCAGGCCCCUGGCCCGCUUUGCACGCUCCAAGUCCCAAAAUGCCUUGUGGAAUGCGAUAACAGCCGGCAUCGGGAUCAGAGACAAAGACAAGAGAGGGAUAUUAAUUGACCCACGCAGUCCUGAGGAGAUCCUCGCUGAUGAGUUGCCUGCGGUAGACAGUCCUGAUGCCAUGGAGAAGACUGCAAUCAGAUUAAGAUGCCUGGUGAAACAGUUAGAGCGGGGUGAAGCCUCUGUUGUUGACCUAAAGAAGAACUUGGAGUAUGCAGCGUCUGUACUGGAGUCAGUGUACAUUGAGGAAACACGACGACUGGUGGACACAGAAGAUGAGCUCAGUGACAUACAAUCAGAUUCAGUGCCUUCAGAGGUACGGGAUUGGCUGGCCUCCACCUUUACGAGACAGAUGGGGUUGAUGCUCAGGCGGACGGAGGAGAAGCCACGUUUCCGCAGUAUUGUUCACGCUGUGCAGGCUGGGAUAUUUGUAGAAAGGAUGUACCGGCGGACGUCCAACAUGGUGGGAUUAAGCUAUCCGCCCAGCGUGAUCACAGUACUAAAGCAUGUGGAUACAUGGUCAUUUGAUGUGUUUGCACUGAAUGAUGCAAGUGGAGAUCAUGCACUGAAAUUUAUAUUUUAUGAGCUCCUCACCAGAUAUGACCUAAUCAAUCGCUUCAAGAUCCCGAUCUCUGCACUGGUGUCAUUUGUAGAGGCUGUGGAAGUAGGCUACACUAAACAUAAAAACCCCUACCAUAAUCUUGUCCAUGCAGCAGAUGUCACUCAGACUGUACACUACUUUUUGCUCAAGACAGGCAUGGUGCACUGGAUGACAGAGUUAGAAAUCUUUGCAAUGAUAUUUGCAGCAACAAUACAUGAUUAUGAACACACUGGGACCACUAACAACUUCCACAUACAAACAAGAUCAGACACUGCAAUAUUGUACAAUGACCGUGCAGUGCAGGAGAACCAUCACGUCAGUUCUGCUUAUCGACUUUUACAGGAGGAUGAUGAAAUGAAUAUACUCUAUAACUUAUCAAAAGAUGACUGGAGAGAGUUCCGAACACUGGUAGUCGAGAUGGUUUUGGCCACUGAUAUGUCCUGUCACUUUCAGCAGGUCAAAGCCAUGAAAAACUUCCUGCAGCAGCCAGAGGCGAUUGACAAACCAAAGGCUUUAUCACUGUUGCUGCACACUGCAGACAUCAGCCACCCUGCCAAAAAGUGGGAUUUGCAUCACCGCUGGACCACAUCUCUGCUGGAGGAGUUCUUUCGACAGGGGGAUAAAGAGGCAGAGUUGGGCCUUGCGUUCUCACCUCUUUGUGACCGUAAAUCCACCAUGGUGGCCCAGUCUCAGAUUGGUUUUAUUGACUUCAUUGUGGAGCCCACAUUCACUGUGCUCUCAGACAUGGCAGAAAUAAUGACUCCACUCAUUGAUGAGGCAUCACGCUCAGGCCUGCCCAGCUUUAGACGCUCCAGCCUGAAUAACAUCCCAUCUGAUGGCAAGCGGGCCAAUGUAAAGAGCACUGGCUCGGAGGGCAGCACCUCUCACAACUGCUCCCUGCUCAGUGUUGACAUCAAGAGUUUCAAGAGUACCUGGAAUGAUGAGGUGCAUCAGAACAGAGAGAAGUGGAAAGCUCAAGCAGCCAAAGAGGAGAUCACCAGUAAGGAGGAAGAAGAGAAAGCCAAUGAGAUGGAUGAUGACAGGAAUCAGGACAUGAGUGAACAAAAAACGGACACAGAGCAUGACAAAGACACGACUGAGAAAGACCCAAAAGACAAAUCCCCCAAAAAAGACACAAAAGAUUCAUCAUUUACAGGACGUAUCAAAGUCAACAGAGAGAGGAGCACAAAACCAGAGCCUGUAGACUCGACCAAGGCCAAAGUGGAGAAGAAAGAGCCCACGGAGCAGCAACCAAAAGAAGUGGAGGGCAAUAAGGACCCAGGGGGAGUGAAUGGAACUAAACCAGAGCCUGCUAAUGAGCAGGUCGAUGCAAAAGAUCCGGACAGCAGCAGUGAUACAGAAAAUAGCCAGCAAGUUCAAAACGGGGAAGAGCUGGACUUACCCGACAGUGACGACAAUGACACAAAGAGCUUGGAUGAUGCAGACGAGGAUCACAGCACUCAUGAAAGUUCAGCCACCUCGCUAGUAGCCAGUGCUGCAGCUGCCUCCACGCCUGAUGCACACUAACCACUCUUUCAUUUCUCAACAAGGACUUCAUCUGCUGGGCAAUGCUCUCAUUCCUGCACAAUAGCACCAUCUGGUGUUCGUGUUGAUAUGUAGAGAAUUGUGUUUCUUUUUUUUUUUUAGUUUCCUGUUGCUUAGAUUUGUUUUUGUUUUUGUUUUUUGUUUUUUUUUGCAAAUAGCAAAUUUCCUUUUUUCCUUUUAUAAUUUUCUUUUUGUUGCCUAAUUCUCUCCUGAUUUUACUAAUGGCUUAACUCUCAGGCUGGGUGUUCCAAUGAUACCCAAAAAAUGGGUGUGCAGCACGCAGACCUUGGCCUAGAGUUAACCCAACACAGGGUCAUAUUAGCCUGUUGGAUGUUGCCAUACAGGCACAGAGAGUCUAUAAGCAGUGAAGCCAGAAGGGAGCAUAUGGCAGUAUGUCCAUUGUGGUAUCCUCCCAGCUGAGCUCUCCCUAGAGAUGAUGUACGCACAUCACCCACACACACACACACACACACACACACACACACAAUUACAUAUAGCCGACUGCCGAGGAUCUAAAGCUUCACAUGUUACAGAAUUGUUCAGACAUUGCCAGAGACAGGCACAGACACACAAAUCUUAGAACUGACACUCAGCCGGCUGAACUGGGCUUUGUUUUCCAUUGGAAUGCUCUUCCUCUAAAAGAACCCAGAUCUGAAUUCAGAUUUGUAUGAAAAAAAAGAUGUGCACUUAUACAUGUUUUGUUGUAAUUCUCUGUACGUAACUACCUGGUUGAUAGGCAUUGUGUCCUGUAAAAUAUGCUGGUCAGGACUAGCUCUCAGUCGGAAAAAGCAGUAUUACAUUAACAUGCGUUCUUGUUAACGCUUUAAUUUACAGCACAUGUUUUGCUGAUUGAUGUGACAUCUGUUUGUCUCUGAUGAAACAUGCGAUUUUGCUUGUAUAAUGUCGCUUGGGUUAUAGAACGGGGUUUUUUUUUGUUUGUUUAUUGUUUGUGUUAUUUGCCUGUAAAUCAGUUCUAAGUGCUUCAGUUGUAAUAAGCUAAAAAUGUGUAAAUCUGAUAGAUGCCAUUUGGUAUUUCUAUUUUGCCAAAAUACUAUAGAGUUAUGUUGUACAAUAUAUUCAUGUGAACAUAAAAAUAUUUUAAUACAUAGAGCAGGACAGUUUAACCUCCUAAUCUAAUGACCGUACCUGUGGCCAGGUUUCCAUUUCUCCAGUAUGGUAAGCUGCAUUUGUUACUCUAUAGACACUGUACAAGCUGCAAAGCCAUCUUUCGUACAGUUUUGCUUGACGCCUCAUUGUUAAAAGUUUCAGUCUAUCAGAACCUGUAAUAUAGUACAUGUACUUUCUAACCUGAACAGUCAGUUGGAUUUCUCAAGCAUUCUGUAUGUAUUUAUUGUAUAUAAAUAAGAAAAUAUUAUUUAUAACCAGUUGUGUACAGGUACAGUCAGUAGACUGAUCGCUGCAAUCAGCAGUAAACUUUAGACAUAUUAAGAAGUGGAAGGUCAGCAGCAUUGUAAGUUAUCCGAGUUAUUUUGAUUGAAGUGUAUUAUAGAGGGGAUAACAUUUUUAUUUUUCAUGGAGACUGGAUUUGUUCUUCUCCAGCUUUUUCGCAGACUGUUUCAUCUUUCAAACGAUGAGGAAAAACAAAUCGUACCACUUCCUUUGAUGCACUUAAUUAGAAUUCUUCAGUAAAUGAGCCGCCACAACUUAUUCUAGAUCGUUAUUCCCAAGCCAUAAUGAUUUCUGUGCAUUCAUGUUUUUUGUAUUUGAAACUGAAAUUCCAACAUUUGCUACUAACCAUUUUUUUAAAAAUAGACAUUAUAUGGAGGCUAUUAGGAACAAACUGCAAGUGAUAAAGCUGAAUGUAAUUGAAAGCACAUACUCACUGUGCAUCAAGAUUUGUGUACAAUUUUGCAAGGUUUUUUUUUCUUUGGUGAUAUAUGUUAAAUAGUCAAACAAACUCACUGUGUAAAAUAUUAUUGCUGCCUUUACCAAAGAGAUAAAGAUUUAUUUUGUAGAUGAAAUUCUUAUCUUUUCCCAUAGCACAACCCGGUUGAGAAGAAAAAGUGUCAUGAGAUACUGUGCAAGUUGUUUUUAUGAAGUUUAUUACAUUUAACAAUAAUUGCUGCCUUAAAUUAAUUUUAUUGUACCACUGAUGUGUGAUUUCUCAAAACCUCAAUGUAGUAUCAGCUGUUUAUUUUUUGUUCCUUGAGGAAAGCUGUUUUUUUUUUCUUCACAAGAAUGUAAGUUCAUUGUCAGUCCCUGUGUGCCAAUCAUUUUUUUCAGUUGUGUGUUAUGAGAAAAAUAUUUAGUCUAAUUUCUAUUCGUGUAGUGUUCAGUGAAAAGCAGGCAAUCAUGCAAACAGUCACCAGUGUCCUCCUUUUCAGUCUCUAACCAUCUGUAAAUUCACUGUUUUAAGCGAUGUAGUAAGCCUACAUCACACUGUUAUGGUUCUGCUGAUAAUAAAUGUGAGUGAAUUGAUUUUUCCUCAUUUCCUGUCACCAGCAAGCUCAGUAGGCUGAUAUAGAGCUGGGCAUAGAAUUAUAACCUGUUGACAACAGUACUGUACAAAAGUCUUAGGCACAUGUUAAGAAAGUAUGUAAUGCAAAUAUGCUUUAAAUAUAUUAACAUUUAUAAAAAAAAAAAAAAGAUUAUAUCGGAAAAAAAGACAUAUUUGGGCAAUGAUCAAACUUUAACUUUAAGAUGUUAUCAAAUCUCUUAGGGGUGCCAUUUUUAUGAGGAAAAUGGUUGGUUGGUAAUCUUGCAAUGGCCCUUCUUUAGACUUUGCUCAUUAUGUUCUGGCACAAAAGCCUUGUUUUCUGAAAAGUGGUCUGCAACAUUCAAUGUUCUGGGAAACCCAUGAAAGAAUGCCUUCAAGACUUUUGCACAAUACCCGAAAAACAUGCCUAGUGUUGCUAAUACAAUCCAAAUGGCUGUUAUAUUUUCUUUUGGCAUUAAAGGUCACUUUGAGAGCAUUGUUGCCCUCAGGGGUGAUAUGACUGAUAGACCUGUUAUCUGCAAAGCAUGCGAAUUACAUUUCUGUUUGCUUACUAACCGCUCACCUCAUCAGGAAUCUGCUGUGAAAUGCAGUGUGCAGUGAAAUAGUCUCAGUAGAAAAGUACAGUGAAAUAUUGCCUUAAUGAAUUUGUUUUUAAUUCUGCUUUUAUAAUGACAACGGUGUUUAGAUCAGUUUUAAGAUAACGUACCAUCACUUUUAAAAGUUUUUAUGGGCAAAUGUGUAUAGGUGUGAUAAUAAUAAUAAUUAAAAAAAAUAAUAAAAUACCUGAACUUCUAGUGAAAAAUAAAAUGUGAACUCUGGUUAUUAGGAUCAGACUUCGUUAAUAAAGACAACUUAGUGCCACCCUCUGUAGGUCAUCUUAUGAACUGCAUGAGAAACCAUGAAAAUCUGUUUUCGUUUUGUUUGUUUGUUUUAAAUGCUCAGUUUUGUGCACUUUUCCCAAACAUAAGCCAUAUAAAUAACCGAAUUAUGUGUAUUCUUUGCGAGUUUGCCAUAUUUAGACUCCACACUUAUGUCCUGUUUAAACCCUUUUAUCCCCAAAUAAGGGCAACAUUCAUAAACCAGGAGAAACACAUAUUGGUGCAAUCCUGUUUGUUUCACAUGCUACAUUAUUGCACUGCUGUGCCAAUAAAUCCAAACUCAAAGGGCUCA